CCCAUGUAGACAGUUUUCAGCAAGCUAGACAGCGUUCAGCACUGCCAGGAUUUAUCGGUAAGGGAGCCUAGAUACAAUGUAAUGAAAGCUAAAUUAUAUCGUGUGAAUAAAUCACAAAGCUAAUUAAUGUUUUUAUAACCGAGGGUUUUCGCCAAUUACGUUACUAUUAGGUAGCUAAUCAUUCGCUUUACCAGAGCUUUGCUACCUAGCCGCAGACUUUGUACUGUUACCUAAAGUACCUGCUAUGUGAACCAAGUAGUGAAGGCUGAUAGUCUCAGGCAGUGACAUGGCCAACCCUUUGAGGAGAGAGGUUAGACAGCUGUACAAGAAUCUACUGUAUCUGGGACGGGAAUACCCCCAAGGAGCAGACUACUUCAGGGAGCGUCUGAACAGUGCCUUUAUGAAGAACAAAGAUGUCACAGACCCCAAGGAGAUCAGAAAGCUUGUCGACUGUGGAGAAGUUGUGAUUAAGGAACUGGGGACCCUGUACUAUCUGAGGGAAUAUAGAACCAUGAAAAAGCGUUUCUACGAAGAAGAAUUGUUAGGCCUGCUGAAUAUAGGCAGGCCGAUAGACUGAUAGCCUAGAUGUUUGGCAGCUGAAUCUUCAGUAUGCGAGUUGCUCGAUGAAUUGAGAACAUUUUGGGUUGUUUAACUUGGUCCCCAACAAAUAAUGAUUUCACCUCAUUUUAACAUGCUGUCAUAAAGAGCACAUGUUCAACUUUGUAAAAACAUAUUUUUCCAUGUCAAGGGCUGAAAUAAAACGAAUGACUAGUAAGUGCUAUUAAAGUAACAGGGUUGACGUAACAGGUUUGAAGUUUUAAUCUUAAAUCUUCCAUAAAUCCCUUUAUCUGCCAUAAAUCCCCUUUCGACAGGGAAUUUGAACUUGUGAGCAACAGGAAGGGGGAUUCGAAGGCAAGCUUCACAAACAUUUUUAAUGUUUUAAAAAGAUUUCUAACCUAAAUAUGGAUUGACAUGCUAUGCUCGAUGUGCUUUGAUUGAAUGACAUGAGAAGUCCUAGAGUACCCUCUUCCUUUUG